AUGACGCGUCGCGCGGACCUCGUGAAGACGACAGCGUGGUUCAAGACGGAGGAGGAUCCGAUCGAGGCGAUGGCGAAGCUCGCGGCGACGAUCCGCGACCGCGCGGCGUACCCUGGCGGCGUCAUCCUUCACGCCGAAGCCUCCGCGCGCCCCGGGUGCACGCUGCUCACCGUGGACGUCCUCGCGCGGCGGCUGCCGGACUCGGACGACGCGUCCUUCUGCGGCCCGAUCGCCGACGCGGACAGGGAGGGCAUGUACGACAUCGACGACGAGGUGGACCAAGUCGCGGCGCGGCUCGCCGCCGUCGGCGCGAACCACGGCCUCGAGGGCACGCUCGAUUUGGCCGCGCAAAACGCGACGUGCUCGUCCAGACGCCGCCGCGUGCGCUACGCCGGCGGCUUCGCGCGCGGCGUGCACGUGGACCCGACGCCGAACGUCCGCGUCGGCGCGAAGAUGCGCGCGGCGAUUCGCGCGGCGAACGACCCGUCGACGCCGAUGCGCGUGUUGCGGUCGGACGAGUACGAGUGCUUCAUCAUGCCGUCCGCGCCGGAGGGGUACUCGUACGUCCUCCGCUGCCGCGGGCGCUUCGUCCCGAUGUUCGCGACGACGCCGUCGUACCCGGAGACGGACACGAUCGUCCUGCACGUCACGCCCACGGGCGCGGAGGGGUUGGCGUUUUUGGAGCUCGUCGCCGACGCGGGCGGGCGCGAGACGGGCGACGGCGCGUUCGGCAACGCGGCGCCGAUCAUCUGCGUCCCGGUGUUCAUGUCGACCGACCCCGCGCUCGUCAAGGAGCUCACGUCCGACGGUCGAUGCGCGCGUCUUGGGAACACGCCCGCGCUGUUUAACCUCGGCAUCGCGCUCGCGGCGGCGGCGGCGGUCGCGGAGGGCGAGGACCCUCGCGUGGAGGGCGAGACGGCGAGCGGCGAGAUCACGUUCCACGCCGCCGCCGCGUGCGCGACGAUAGGAUGGGCGACCGCGGUGACGCGAACGAUCGCGACGCUGUACGACGCCGACGCCGCGUACGGCGGCGACGGCGGUUUCGGCGGCGGCGGCGACGGCGGCGACGGCACCGCGCGGACGAUGAGCGAGGGCCCCGACACGGAUUCGCAGCGUAACUCCUCGCCGUGCCCCGACGCGUCUACGUCAGCCGGCACCGCGCGGUGAACGCCGCGGUCAGGCUCGCGUCGAUGCUCUGCGUGAUGCGCGGCGCGGCGAGCGCGUCGUCGAUCGUGUGCGUCUGGGUCGCGAUGUCGGCGGCGUCGCAGAGCGUGCUCGCGCCGGCGGGCGCGGCGGCGGAGGCGGGGUUGAUCGCGCUCGGCGCCGCGGCGUUCGCGGGCGCGCGGUUCGCCGCGAGCGUCGGCGGCGCCCAGCAGCGCGGUCGCGGGGCCCCGGGUCCCGAGGAGAACUCGACGCAUCAGUGCGCGACGGUGGUGUCGUUCUGGCUGGCGUUCGUGUCGUUGGCGCUGUGCGCGUGUCUCGCGGCGCAGAAGAAGGUGGCGGAGUCGUUUUGUAAGCUGGACAAGCUGCAGCUGUCCGAGAUGAAGCACUGGAAGAAGAUCUGAUGAACGAUUGACGACGCGCGAGGCGCGGUGUUGUACAUGUAUGAUUCGCACAUUCUACUUUGAUUUAGAUACUAAUUAACUUGUUAUGAUUAUCCUUAUCCUUGUAC